AGCGUGGAGCGUGUUAUUGAGGAGAUUGAGCGUACGAUGUACGAACAUUAUGACGACAAAUUCCUGUAUUAUUUUGAGCCAUUCUUCGAGGAGCUACCGUUUGAGGUGAUGGUUUAUUUGCUAAGGUUUCUGAAUCCCACCGAUCGUUGUGCUUUGGCGCAGGCUUGCCGAGGCUUCUAUGAAGGUCUUAAACACCCACUAAUGUUGCGUUCCACUUGGCUGCACAUUUAUGAGGUCGAAUUCGAGGACAACAUCGAACCGGUGCGAUGCUUACUGACAGCUUUUCGUUACUUCCCUAACGUUAAGCUAACAAAGAUUAUGUUCCGAAAUAGGAGCGAUUUUUGGGCGGAAUUCGGCGAAUCCAUUGAGGAGCUUUGGUUCGAGGGCUGUGUAAUGUGGAAGCAAAAGUUACUAUCGAUUCUUCGUUACACGUUUCGGCUGAAAAGGCUUACAAUCGAAAGCUGUCCGGAUUUGUUUCGCUCCUGGAAGCAGUUGAAAAACCUCACGGUGACGUACUGCCCAACACUACCGAAGCUUACGCAUAUCAGUCUGGCAGGAAACAACCGGCUCGAGGAGCAUCAUUUCGAUUUCAUUGUUGGCAUGGCACCAAAGCUGAACUCGUUGGACGUAUCGAAUUGCUUCAAGGGUGUAGAAGCGACGCAGCGAUUUCGUAUGUUGGAUCACGUCCUGCACUACGUGGAAGAGCACCGGCACUCAAUUCGGCACUUUUACAUAGGUGACACACCAAUCGAUAAUUUGUUCUUGCGGCGUUUGGCGGACAUCAAGGAACUGCAGUUGAACAGCUUAAGCCUUAUGGUGUGCGAGAAGAUACCAUCUUCGGAGGCGGGGAUCGUAGAUUUGAUUAAUCUUCAAACCAAUCUUACGUAUCUUGAUCUGACCAGAUCACUGGCGUUGAACGAUUCUUGCUUGAUACAGAUUGCCAGUUGUAUGCCACAGUUGGAGACUUUAAUUCUCAAUCGAUGCUGGAUGAUUACCGAUUAUGGGAUUUUGUCGAUCAAACAGCUAACUCGAUUGAGGCACAUUGAUCUUACGAACUGCGAAAGAAUCUCUGAUGUUGGCAUUUCCGGUGGACUGCUAAAUCAUAACCGGCAGAAGCUAGAGAAACUGUACCUGGGUUUGUUAGCGAGUAUAGGAGAAGUGGUUUUCACUAAGAUUUCCUUCGAGCUGACGAAUUUAGUGGUGUUAGAUUUGGGGGGAUGUUCCAACUGCAUCAACGAUCGGUCGAUCCAGUAUAUUUUCUAUCAUAUGGCUGGUCUGAAAGAACUAAAUUUGGACUGUUGUGCGAAGCUUUCAGAUGCAGGCAUGACCGGAAUAGAUUUACCCGAGUACGCCAUUUCGAUUUGGGAGUACCAGAUUAGUUUUUCCAUUGAGGAUCUGAAACGCCUGCGAUACUUGAACCUGCACGGAUGUUAUCGCAUAACGGACUACGCUUUCAGACGGAAAUUUCGCCUAAUCGAGUUAAGAGAACUCGUACUGGAACGGCUGCAGAUCACUGAAUACGGGGUAGAAAAAAUCGCUCUCAACUGCCCAUCAUUGGAAAUAAUCGAUUUCAGCGAGUGUCAAAACGUAAACGAUCGCUGUGUGGAGAUCGUGGCCCAAGGAUGCAUUCGAUUAACUACCCUCAAACUGCAGAACUGUCCCUUAAUCUCGGACCUAGCCAUUGAUCAUAUCGUUAAACACUGCAAGACUUUAAAACAGUUAAAUAUUCGUGGAUGUUACAGAAUUUCAGCCGAAGCGGAAGAACGGUUGGGUACCGUUCGGACCUUAAGACAUGUUUUUGCAAACGAACGAGAAUAG